AUGAGUGAGCCAAGGAGAACCAGAAGGGCAGGGAAGAGAAGGGACCAUUCGCCCUGUAAGAAGAGCCCUGGGCCUCACUCAGACCCAGACAAGGCUCAUUUCCAGCCACUUCUCACAUCGAAGAGGGCCUGCUCCUGCAUUUACCUUCCUUCCUAUCUGCUGCUGUUCCUCUUCUCUCCUCUAUCAGCAACCCCCCACCCCGCCCCCGCCCUCGCCAGCCCCUUCCAAAGCCUCAGCUGUGGAUGGAGCAGCUCUGGACCUGUGAUAGGUCCUUUUGGUGUCGGGGGGAACGUCGAAGCUUAUUUGGAGCAGAGGCUUUGUGGGCUGAGGAAGAUCAGCCCACAUUUCCCCUCGCACCUCCAUCUCAGUGGGCUGUGGGCCGCCCAGGGCAUCAGGCCAGGCCAGGCCAGCCUGUGGCCUCCGCACAGCUCGUGCUCAGAUGCCAGCAUCAAGGAUGCCCAUCAGUGCAUCCCAUCUGGCCUCUGCUGUUUGCUCCCAGUUGGCACUUCUUGGAGAAGAUCCACCCGGGACAGUGGAGACAGCCCAGAGGAAGGAGGUGCACAGAGUGAGGAGAUAACAGCGUUAGCACUGGACUCUGAAAUAGAUGGAGAGUUCUGCUCCCACUGCUGCUGGGCCCCUCUCUGA